AUGUCAAGCAAGAUGGAAACGCUUGAUCCCUCUGCUUUACCAGCUGUCACCUACGACCCUAAGUCUGAGACAGUGACCUUACCAGGAGGGGUUGUCUCUGUGGCGGGCCUCACCGUGAUGACUGGGGGUGCUGAACUGUCCUGUGGAUCAUGCAUGCUGGCCUUUGGUUUUUGGGGAACUCUCAUCGGCAUCAGUUGUGUGGCUGUGGGGCUGUGGGACCUAUUAAACCAGUCUAAAGGGGGGACCUCUCACUUACUGAUACUGGGAUUUGUGAUUCUCACCUUCAGUGUAGUGGUGGUGGGAAGUGUGGUGGUGUUUCACCUCCUGACAAAGAAGAAGAGAGACAUGACACGAGAGCAGAGACAAGAUGGAAAAGAAAUUCUUAUUGAGGAGAAUGAGAGGGUAAUUAAAAAAGUCACAGUGUAA